AGUCUUAGCUUCCUUGGGCAACAAAAUUACCCAGCCAUGGUCCCUUCAAGAACAAAAUUGACGUCUCCGGAGCCAGUCCAAGGUUUCGGUACAUACAUAUAAGAGGGAGCGUAACCUCCCCUGAGGUGUUCAUCGACAGCCACCACAGCCGUCUCACAUAAGAUUUCUCUCACCUCUCGACACCUUCUGCGAUUCCUGUCGCCUCCGGGGAAGACUCCACUUCUUGGGUUGCUGUUCCGAGACCACCAGGAGAAGGUUCAGUUUAUGGGAUUGUAUCGUCGCACGUGGUCUGAAGUUCUUGGCACAGAGAUCUCCAGUCCGAGGACACACAAAUUCGACAUGGUUAACAAAAUCCCAGCUCCUUGGGAUGAACAGAAGAAGAACAUGACACUGAAAUCACAAGGCCAAGAACAUCUCUUCUCCAAGGCCACACUGAUGCACUCUGUGAGUUUCAAACAGUGGCGAGGAGGAGAGGAAUCCACAGGUUCAGUUCAGAAUAAGAGCAAACAGAGCAUGGUAAAUGGCAACCAAGACCGACGCAACUCUGACGCAUUGAGCCCCAAUGUUUCAUCCAGCCCCAAAUGUGAGCUUGAUGCCGCAGCCGUGAAACUUCAAAAGGUUUACAAGAGUUACCGGACCAGGAGAAACCUCGCCGACUGCGCAGUCGUCGUAGAGGAGCUAUGGUGGAAAGCACUGGACUUUGCAUCACUGAAGCACAGCUCGAUAUCGUUCUUCAACGGCGGAAAGCCCGAAACGGCGGCGUCGCGGUGGGCGAGGGCAAGGACAAGAGCGGCUAAGGUUGGCAAGGGGUUAUCUAAGAACGGGAAGGCUCAGAAGCUGGCAUUGCAGCACUGGCUCGAAGCUAUUGACCCUAGGCAUCGAUAUGGGCACAAUUUGCAUAUCUAUUAUGAUGUCUGGUCCAGGAGUGAGAGUACGGAGCCCUUUUUCUAUUGGUUAGACAUUGGGGAGGGCAAAGAAAUAAAUCUUGAGAAUUGCCCUAGGAGUAAACUUCAGGGGCAGUGCGUCAAGUACCUUGGACCACAAGAGAGGCAACACUAUGAAGUUGUUAUUGAGGGUGGCAAACUUAUGUUCAAACAAACCGGGGUUCUUGUGCACACUUCGGAUGACUCCAAGUGGAUUUUUGUCCUCAGCACCACAAAGGCAUUCUAUGUUGGCCAGGUAAAUGUUCUUGUUCUCUACACACCGGUUCACGUAUGUACGCAAUUCCUAGUCAAAGAUACAAUUCGCUGCAUUGGUUCUGACGUUUUCUUCGGCUCUGGCAUUGACGAUGUGCAGAAGAAGAAAGGAUCGUUUCAGCAUUCCAGCUUCCUAGCUGGUGGAGCCAUAACAUGUGCUGGACGAUUGGUGGUCAAAGAUGGAAUUCUCAAGGCAAUAUGGCCAUACAGUGGCCACUACCUUCCAACGGAAGACAACUUCAGAGAUUUCAUUCGCUUCCUUCAGGAGAACGACGUUAGCCUCACCGAUGUCAAGAAAUCUGCUGUCGACAAACAUGACGAGUACCCGUUGCUGAGCAACUCUGACGCUCAGCCUGAACAUGUUGAGAAUAACGAUGCAGCAGGUGCCGCUGCUCAAGAUCUGACAGAAGUUGAGAUAGACGGCGUCCUCACCGGCGAGGCAUAUCAUGGAUCGGCCGACCACGAUGACAUGAGCGAUGCUGAGGAAGAUGCCGGCACUCCGGUGGACUCCCACACCACCGACACCGAAGAAGAAGAAGAGGCCAAUAAUAUCUCAGAGCAGCGGCCGCCUGCAAGUGUCGAUCGUAGCAAGAACCAUCAGACGUGCCGGUGGUCGACGGGCACCGGUCCACGCAUCCGGUGCGUGCGCGACUACCCGCAGGACCUCCAGUCCAGGGCCCUCGAGCACGUCAACCUCUCGCCCAGGCUCGCCGGCUCGCCGUCGAGGAAGAGGGACCCGGUGCCCUCGCCGCGCCCCAGCCCGGGGAUGAUACUCUCGCCGAGGCUCGCGUCCGUCGGGUUCCAGCCCCGGACGGUGUCUCUCACGCUCCCAGACUUCAAGAGGAGCAGAUUGCAGUGAACAAUCCUGUUUUCGCGUAGCAGAUCAGGAAUUCAGAAUAACAACCGGUCCAUUUUUCUUUCUACACAGGCAGUGUUUUUUUUUUGAGAAUUCAGGGCAGUGAUUCUUUGCAGCUGCUGCGUCAGCCCAAAUUCUGAAAAACGCUACGUUAGCCGAUUUCAUUUUUUCCCUUCGAGUGAGCCAAAGACGCGGCGUCGCGCCGUCAUCA